CAUCAAAUUCCAAAUAUGUCUGCUGCUGUUUUCUUCUGACCACAAAACAAUCUCGUGGAGAAUGGCAAACAUCGGAGAUAACGAGCUAGAACAGCUCGAAUACCUCUCGUUGGUAUCCAAAGUGUGCACAGAACUCGACAACCAUCUGGGGAUAAGUGAUAAAGAUCUAGGUAUGUAAAACUGAAAGUUGUGUUUUUGUUUAGCAGUUAGCAAGGUAGUUAACCAGCUAAGUUAGCUACCUGAUAUCCAACGAUAGCUAGCUACCUACCUAACUGUCUACUUACUAGCUAGAUAGUAUUUUACCCAAAACGAGUCCAAGUAACUCGCUUGGCACUAACUUGUGGUUGUCUUGUUGCCGAGACAAAGUUAACCGGACGAACGUUCGCUAACUAACACAACAUUGGCAUAUUUCGCUCUGUCUGACCUAUCAAGCUCUCAACUCAAGGCAGCAUUCUGGCUUCUCCCUACAGUUCUCAGGCAACAUUCGAUUCGCCCACGACUGCCUCAUGUGAACUACAAUCCCGACGCUAUGUUUUAACGUUUAGAAACUAAAAUAAUCAUUGCUUUCGAAACAUAUGGCCCUUAAUUUUCAUAAGCGAUAAAGAAUCCUUCAAAUACAAAAAUAUACACUUACUGUCAGUUUUGGACAGAUCCAUAGACCUAUGGAUGACUCCAUCUACGAAACGACACUUCCGGUACACUUCCAGAGUUACACUUACACCCAGGUGUUCUGCUAAUGCUAGAUGGCUAAUUAGCGCAAGUGGUCGCCUCUUGUCUGUCUUCUGUUCUGUAAAAAAAAAAGUGCUGUAACAUGGAUAUAUGGCAGUGUGGGAACACUAACUAAAAAGGUGUGUAUCAAUUUAAUAUUUUUUUAUAUAUAUAUAUAUAUAUAUAUAUAUAUAUAUAUAUACACUACUGUUCAAAAGUUUGGGGUCACUUAGAAAUUACCUUGUUUUCGAAAGAAAAUCAUUUUUUGUCCAUUUAAAAUGACAUCAAAUUGAUCAGAAAUACAGUGUAGACAUUGUUAAUGGCUAUUGUAGGUCAAAACAGUUGAUUUUUUAAAUGGAAUAUCUACAUAGGCUACAGAGGCCCAUUAUCAGCAACCAUCAGUCAUGUGUUCCAAUGGCACGUUGUGUUUGCUAAUCCAAGUUUAUCAUUUUAAAGGCUAAUUGAUCAUUAGAAAACCCUUUUGCAAUUAUGUUAGCAUAGCUGAAAACUGUUGUGCUGAUUAAAGAAGCAAUAAAACUGGCCGCCUUGAGACUAGCUGAGUACCUGGAGCAUAAGCAAUUGUGGGUUCGAUUACAGGCUCAAAAUGGCCAGAAACAAAGAAUAAAUAAAAUAAUAAUGGUCAAAUAUUUGUAUCGCUAACCCAACAUCGACCAGAGCUUGUCGUUUCCAAUGGGAGCAAGUUAAUCAUAGUGGGCAGAGCCAAGCACGAGCUAGUGAGAUCCUAUUGGUGCGUUUAUUUGCAUAUUUCUGUUUAGGGAACGCCUACCCUGAUGUGUGCGUGUGCAAUAACUCAAUUCGCCCUAGCACUCCUAAAUAAUGCAAUGUUUUUAAACUUUAGCAAAGGGUAAAGUCUACAAAAUGCAGUCCACUCUGUUUGUUACAGAUUCUAGUUUUGGAAAAAACUGUAUGAAGAUAAAAUGUUUCAUUGAGUAAUUUGCACAAUGUCGGCCAAAUUCCAUCUUCUCCCACUGCCGGCCACUUGGCUUCCUCCCAUCACCAUAUUUGGUAGUGAGUGGAAACGCCAACUGGAAGCAUCACAUUUAUACAUCCGGUGAAAUAUCUGUCUCAUUGUUCUAUCUGUGAUAAGGUCCUUAUGCUUCCAAUACCCUACCGCAAGUGACGCGUGUUAAUGUUCUUAACAAAACUUCCCCAUACAGAGGACGUCUUCGCCCAAUGACUCUUAUGUGUAAUGGAACUGAGUCAUGAUCUAGGGCUAUGUCUGACCCUAAAGUUGGCUAGCUAGCUGGUGUGAUAGCCCCGUUAGCAAGCAAACAAGGCUACACUCAAAAUGUUUAGGGUUAACGUUACUUGGCUAAUCAGAUUAAUAUUGAACUAAUGUGUAUGUUCUUUGCCUCACAGCCGAGUUUGUCAUCAGCCUUGCUGAAAAGCAACCAACAUUUGAUGGCUUUAAAUCACUUCUGUUGAAAAAUGGCGCAGAAUUCACAGUAAGUACAGACUACCUGUCUGCUGCUAUCUACUGUAACUAGCUAGCUAGAUAGUAGCCAGCAGAUCUGACCCGCUUGCGUACCGCUGAGCUAGGGUCGUACAGACUUCCUGUGUAGAUUAAGACACCGCGGAGCCGGCGCAAGAUAUGGCUAAAAAAAGUACCUCGAUCCAGGGAUGAGAAAUACGGUGUACCGUUAUACCGAGAAGAUUGAAUGACUGAUAGUUUAAGUAAACUGCCAUUUUCAUCCUCACGCUAACUAGCAGUAGCUACAGCAGCCAUUAUGGAAUGGCAUGUCACGUUGAACAACAAAGGAGCUGAUUGGCUGACACUACCAUUCCAAAAUGGCUGCUGUGGCUUCUGCUACCUAGCAUGAGGACGAAAAGGGCAAUUUUCUGGGAAAACGAGCAGUCGUUCAAUCUUCUCGGUGUAACAGUUGGGAUAAUGGGACAAGUCGGAGUACAACACAUUUCUCAUCCCUGGAUUGAUGUAGGUUUUCCGAGACAUAUCUCGAGCCGGCCCCGCAGUGUCUUAAUCUACACAGGAAGUCUGUCCGACCCUAGUGCAGCUGUAAGCAAGCGGGUCCGAUCUGAUGGCUAUGUACAUUUUUCUAUGAACACAGCAAAUUCAAUUUAUUUUUCCAUGUUUCAGGAUUCACUUGUCGGCAAUUUGCUCAGACUUAUUCAAACGAUGCGGCCUCCACCAAAGGAAUCUACAAGCAAAAGUAUGUGCGCUAUAUUCCACCUAUAUCAUUUGAUAAUUUAUAGUGAUGUAUGCUUUUCACUUACUCUAUGCCAAUUGCAAAGGUAUGGGCUAUGUACAGUGCAUUCGGGAAGUAUUCAGACCUCUUGACUUUUUCCACAUUUUAUUACAUUACAGACUUAUUUAAAUUUUUUACUUAACUUUUUUAUAUUUUCUUAAAAUUGCAUUGUUGGUUAAGGGCUUGUAAGUAAGCGUUUCACUGUAAGGUCUACAUCUGUUGUAUUCGGCGCAUGUGGCAAAUUAAAUUUGAUUAUUCUAAAAUGGAUUCAAUUAAUUUUUACUCAUCAAUCUACACAAUACCCCAUAAUGACAAAGCGAAAAACAGGUUUAGAAAUUUUUGCAAAUGUAUUAAAAAUGAAAAACAUACCUUAAUUACAUAAGUAUUCAGACACUUUGCUAUGAGACUUGAAAUUGAGCUCAGUUGCAUCCUGUUUCCAUUGAUCAUCCUUGAUGUUUCUGCAACUUGAUUUGAGUCUACCUGUGGUAAAUACACUUGAUUGGACAUGAUUUGGAAAGGCACACACCUGUCUGUAUAAGGUCCCACAGUUGACAGUGCAUGUCAAAGCAAAAACCAAGACAUGAGGUCGAAGGAAUUCUCCGUAGAGCUCCAAGACAGGAUUGUGUCGAUGCACGGAGCUGAGGAAGGGUGCCAAAAACAAAUUCUGCAGCAUUGAAGGUCAUUCUUAAAUGGAAGAAGUUUGGAACCACAAAGACUCUUUCUAGAGCUGGCCGCCCGGCCAAACUGAGCAAUCGGGGGAGAAGGGCCUUGGUCAGGGAGAUGACCAAGAACUCAAUGGUCACUGACAGAGCUCCAGAGUUCCUCUGUGGAGAUGGGAGAACAUUCCAGAAGGACAACCAUCUCUGCAGCACUCCACCAAUCAGGCCUUUAUGGUAGAGUGGCCAGACGGAAACCACUCCUCAGUAAAAGGCACAUGACAGCCCAUUGGAGUUUGCCAAAAGGCACCUAAAGGACUCUCAGAGAAAGUGAGAAACAAGAUUAUCUGGUCUGAUGAAACCAAGAUUGAACUCUUUGACCUGAAUGCCAAGCAUCACAUCUGGAGGAAACCUGGCACCAUCCCUAUGGUUUAGCAUGGUGGUGGCAGCAUCAUGCUGUGGGGAUGUUUUUCAUCGGCAGGGACUGGGAAACUAGUCAGGAUCGAGGGAAAGAUGAACGGAGCAAAGUACAGAGAUCAAUGAUGAAAACUUGUUCCAGAGCGCUCAGCACCUCAUACUGGGGGCGAAGGUUCACCUUCCAACAGGACAACGACCCUAAGCACACAGCCAAGACAGUGGCUUCGGGACAAGUCUCUGAAUAUCCUUGAGUGGCCCAGCCCGAGCCCGGACUUGAACGCAAUCUAACAUCUCUGGAGAGACCUGAAAAUAGCUGUGCAGCAAUGCUCCCCAUCCAACCUGACAGAGCUUGAGAGGAUCUGCAGAGAAGAAUUGGAGAAACUCCGCAAAUACAGGUGUGCCAAGCUUGUAGCGUCAUACCCAACAAGUCUCGAGGCUGUAAUCGCUGUCAAAGGUGCUUCAACAAAGUACUGAGUAAAGGGUCUGAAUACUUAUGUAAUUGUGAUAUUUCCAUUUUUUAAAAUAUUUAUAUUUGCUUUGUCAUUAUGGGGUAUUGUGUGUAGUUUGAGGGGAGGGGGGGACCAAUUUAAUCCAUUUUAGAAUAAGGCUGUAACGUUACAAAAUGUGGAAAAAGUAAACGGGUCCGAAUACUUUCCGAAUGCACUGUAUAUGCUAUUGUUACUAUGUUGUAGACUUGCUGAGUUGCUGACUCUUUACUCUACGAUUCUAGCCUUUGAGCCUGUGGUCAAGCAGAAGAGUGAGAAGGACAAACUGAAGGAGUUGUUUCCAGCAUUAUGCAGGCCAGACGAUCCUGCUCCCAUGGUAAGUCUUUGUGUUAUAACUUAGUUAAUUUGCAGGUGAAAUAUACAGUAUAGGCUAUACUUUGGUUGACUGCGUGACCUACUGACAUUUGGUCUACCAUUUCUGACCCCCCCCAGGCCAUACUAGAUGAAGACGAUGUGAAGAUUGCAGACGCCGCCAUGAAGGAGUUGGAGAUGUUCAUGCCCAGUGUGAGUAGAUCAGACUCAAAGAGCAAGAGCAGGUAAAGAGAUUUCACCUAUUAAACUCUUAUUGGCUUCAAGUGUACAUUUUGCUCAGUUACAUAGAUUGGAGCUCAUAAAUUGCAUUCCUCAGGUCGGACAAAAAGAGGCGGCACAGCAGAAGUCGGAGCCGAGACAGGGACAGGAGGAGGCGUCAUCGUUCUCGGUCCCGCUCACGCUCUAGAUCUCGCUCUAGGGAACGUGAUCGUCAGAGAGACAGAGACCGUGAGAGGGACCGCGACCGUGGUAAGAAACGUGCUUCUCGCUGGAGUGAGCGCAGUCGCACCCCCAGCCCCCACAGAGACCGAGACAGGGACCCAAAGGAAGGCUCUGACCGGUGGAAGGACAAACACGUGGACCGCCCUCCACCAGAGGAGCCUACUGUGGGAGACAUCUUCAAUGGCAAAAUCACUAGCAUCAUGCAGUUUGGCUGCUUCGUGCAACUGGAGGGGCUGAGGUCAGUAAAGGAGUUGUGUUAAUGCAAAGCCAAAAGUCAUUAGUGCAAUAGUAAAGAACUUGUUUCGCGUUUGAGUGGCCAAUGUUGAAAGCCUUAUCUGUUUUGCAUUGUAGGAAACGCUGGGAGGGGUUGGUGCACAUCUCUGAGCUACGCAGAGAGGGACGCGUUGCCAAUGUGGCUGAUGUGGUCCAGAAAGGUCAAAAGGUCAAGAUCAAGGUGCUGUCCUUCACUGGCUCCAAGACCAGUCUCAGCAUGAAGGUGAGUGUAUUCUACCAUAUUGAGCCAAAGUGCCUUCAGAAAGUAUUCGUACCCCUUGACAAAAUGUUGUUACAGCCUGAAUUCAAAAUUGAUUAAAUAUUUAAAAAAAUCUCACCCAUCUACACAGAAAUUUUAGCAAAUGUAUAAAAUGAAAUUCUGAAAUAUCUCAUUUCCAUAAGUAUUCACAUCCCUGAGUUAAUACUUUUGUAGAAGCACCUUUGGUGGCGAUGACAGCUUUGAGUCGUCUUGGGUAUGUCUAUCAGCUUUGCACAUCUGGAUUUGGGGAUUUUCUCUCAUUCUUCCUUGUAGAUUUUCUCAAGCUCUGUUAAGUUACAAUAGAUGGUGAGUGGCGGUGAACAGUGAUCUUCAAGUCUUUCCACAGAUUUUCAAUAGGAUUCAAGUUGGCUUUGGCAGGACCACUCAGACUUUCACAUCUCUUGUUCUGAAGCCAUUCCAGCGUUGCUUUGGCUGUAUGCUUGGGGUCAUUGUCAUGUUGGAACAUAAAUCUUCACCCCAGUCUAAGUUCAUUUACACUCUGAAGCAGGUUCUCAUCAAGGAUUUGCCUGUAUUUGGUGCCGUUCAUUGUUCUCUCUAUCCUUACCAGUCUCCCAGUCCCUGCCGGUUAAAAAGCAUCCCCAUAGCAUGAUGCUGCCACCACCAUGGUAGGGAUGGUGUUAGGUGGGUGAUGAACUGUGCCUGGUUUUCUCCAGACAUAGUGCAUUUCAUUCAGGCCAAAGAGUUCAAUUUUUUUGUCCCAUCAGACCAGAAUCUUUUUCACAUGCCUUUUUGCAAACGCCAGGUGUGAUGUCGUGUGCCUUUUUCUCAGGAGUGGCUUCUGUCUGGCCACUCCCAUAAAUCCCAAAUUGGUUAAGUGCUGUAGAGACUGUUGUCCUUCUGGCAUGUUCUCCCAUCUCAGCUAAGAAACUCUGUAGUUGUGUCAGUGGUCAUUGGGUUCUUUGUCACCUCCCUGACCAAGUUCUUUCUUGCCCGUUUGGUCGGACGGCCAGCUCUAGGCAGAGUCUGGGUAGUUCCAUAUUUUUUCAAUUUCCCAAUGAUGCAGACCACUGUGGGGUUUCUGUUACAUUUGUUUAAUUAUUGGAGCGGCUCGCCUCGCGGAUAUUUAUUUUCAUUUCGGCAGUAAGAACAAGCAGUUCACUCUGAUUUCGCUGUCAUGCAGCCUCUGAGUGCCACUGCCAUAGAGGAAAAAUGGAGCACAGUGACAGUCAUGCUUGUUCCUUUUACGUGAAACUGAAAACCAUUCAAAAGUUAUGCCCAAUAUUACUGGAGCUACCUUCUGCCCUUUCUACCGCUAUUAGUGCACAUUUGAUCAUUUUAUAAACCAUCUAGCGGGCUGCUCGUUUUUGGACCUUGUUUAGUCAUGUUAACUGGCUAGCUAGCUAACAACAUUGUACCUUGGCUAUGCACAAAUGUGGAUGGCACUGGGAAAAACAGAAAGGGGAUAUAUAUAUAUAUAUAUAUAUAUAUAGCCUACUCAAAGAGAUGCUUCAAAGGUAGAAUCCAUAUGCCUAAUCAAAGUAAUUCUAAGCUGAAUAAAUUUUUCUGGUGUUCCUUAAAUUCAGUUUGGUGCCUAACUGUUGGGAGGGGAGGGGGGUGAGAGAUGUGUAAAGUUGUCUGACGAGUAGACUAAAGAUGGUUUCAUAUAGGCCUAGUGUGUUUUCCCCUUACUGCCACGAUGAAAAUGCAGAUCAUUAUGCAUUUACAGUACCAGUCAAAAGUUUGGACACACCUACUCAUUCAAGGGUUUUUCUUAAUUUUUACUAUUUUCUACAUUGUAGAAUGGUAGUGAAAACAUAAAAACUAUGAAAUAACACAUGGAAUCAUGUAGUAACCCAAAAAGUGUUAAACAAAUCCAAAUAUAUUUUAUAUUUGAGUUUCUUCAAAGUAGCCAAAUCAAAUUUUAUUUGCCACAUGCGCCGAAUACAACAGGUGUAGACAUUACCGUGAAAUGCUUACUUACAGCCCUUAACCAUCAAUGCAUUUAUUUUUUAAUAAGAAAGUAAAAUAAAACAACAACAAAAAAGUGUUGAGAAAAAAAGAGCAGAAGUAAAAUAAAAUAACAGUAGGGAGGCUAUAUACAGGGGGGUACCGGUGUGGGGGCAUCAGGUAGUUGAGGUAAUAUGUACAUGUGGGUAGAGUUAAAGUGACUAUGCAUAAAUAAUUAACAGAGUAGCAGCAGUGUAAAAAGGUGGGGGUGGGGGGGGGGCAGUGCAAAUAGUCCGGGUAGCCAUGAUUAGCUGUUCAGGAGUCUUAUGGCUUGGGGGUAGAAGCUGUUGAGAAGCCUUUUGGACCUAGACUUGGCACUCCGGUACCGCUUGCCGUGCGGUAGCAGAGAGAACAGUCUGUGACUAGGGUGGCUGGAGUCUUUGACAAAAUGUAGGGCCUUCCUCUGACAACGCCUGGUAUAGAGGUCCUGGAUGGCAGGAAGCUUGGCCCCAGUUAUGUACUGGGCCGUACGCACUACCCUCUGUAGUGCCUUGCAGUCGGAGGCCGAGCAGUUGCCAUACCAGGCGGUGAUGCAACCAGUCAGGAUGCUCUUGAUGGUGCAGCUGUAGAAGUUUUUGAGGAUAUGAGGACCCAUGCCAAAUCUUUUCAGUCUCCUGAGGGAAUAGGCUUUGUCGUGCCCUCUUCACGACUGUCUUGGUGUGUUUGGACCAUGUUAGUUUGUUGGUGAUGUGGACACCAAGGAACUUGAAGCUCUCAACCUGUUCCACUACAGCCCUGUCAAUGAGAAUGUGGGCGUGCUCAGUCCUCUUUUUUUUUUUUUUUUUACUGUAGUCCACAAUCAUCUCCGUUGUCUUGGUCUUGUUGAGGGAGAGGUUGUUCUCCUGGCACCACACGGCCAGGUCUCUGACCACCUCCCUAUAGGCUCUCAUCAUAGUCGGUGAUCAGGCUUACCACUAUUGUGUCGUCGGCAAACUUAUUGAUGGUGUUGGAGUCGUGCCUGGCCAUGCAGUCAUGGGUGAACAGGGAGUACAGGAGGGGACUGAGCACGCACCCCUGAGGGGCCCCCCGUGUUGAUCAGUGUGGCAGAUGUGUUGUUACCUACCCUUACCACCUGGGGGUGGCCCGUCAGGAAGUCCAGGAUCCAGUUGCAGAGGGAGGGGUUUACAUUUUACAUUUACAUUUUAGUCAUUUAGCAGACGCUCUUAUCCAGAGCGACUUACAGUUACAUGUGCAUACAUUAUUUUUAUUUUUUAGUCCCAGGAUCCUUAGCUUAGUGAUGAGCUUUGUGGGCACUAUGGUGUUGAACGCUGAGCUGUAGUCAAUGAAUAGCAUUCUCACGUAGGUGUUCCUCUUGUCCAGGUGGGAAAGGGCAGUGUGGAGUGCAAUAGAGAUUACAUAAUCUGUGGAUCUGUUGGGGCGGUAUGCAAAUUGGAGUGGGUCUAGUGUUUCUGGGAUAAUGGUGUUGAUGUGAGCCAUGACCAGUCUUUCAAAGCACUUCAUGGCUACAGACGUCAGUGCUACGGGUCGGUAGUCAUUUAGGCAGGUUAUCUUAGUGUCCUUGGGCACGGGGACAAUGGUGGUCUGCUUGAAACAUGUUGGUAUUACAGACUCAGUCAGGGACACGUUGAAAAUGUCGGUGAAGACACUUGCCAGUUGGUCAGCAUAUGCUCGCAGCCUGUCUUGAUGACAGUUUUGCACACUCUUGGCAUUCUCUCAACCAGCUUCACCUGGAAUGCUUUUCCAACAGUCUUGAAGGAGUUCCCACAUAUGCUGAGCACUUGUUGGCUGCUUUUCCUUCACUCUGCGGUCCAACUCAUCCCAAACCAUCUCAAUUGGUUAGAGGUCGGGUGAUUUGUGGAGCCGUUACACAGACUGGAAGUGUGUUGGGUCAUUGUCCUGUUGAAAAACAAAUGAUAGUCCCACUAAGCCCAAACCUUACUACAUUCCUCUUGCCCAAUCACAGGUAGGCCUUUAGCUGAUUUGCUCAUAUCCAUUUUCAGCAGUAGCCUUUUCUGUUAUACAGUAAAAAGUGUGAAGUUAAAUUCAAUGUGUUGUAUUGAGUAGAGGAGGUGUGAAUAUCAGGGACAGGUUUUAGUGCAGCACGUAUAGAAAACGGGAACAGGUGUCCUGGGGGGGGGGGCCAAACCCUGUGGUAUCACGAUACUACUUGGUAUCACAUCGUUAGUAAAGUGUUGGAAUUGUGACAAACCCACUCGAGAAUAGGCACAUUUUCUUGCAGUUUACACUGAAAAAUGUCACCUUUUUGGGCACUCACCAGUUGCAUCCCUGUAACCAUGUGGGUAAAAAUAUGGGCAUUUAAAGUACUUUUCCUGUUGAAUAAACAAUAUCCCAAGUUUAAAAACAGUAAAAACUUCAAGAAGUUGGUUUGAUGAAAUUUGUGAUGCCAUCGGCCUCCCCCUUGCUUGAGGAACAAAAGAGAAAAGGCCCACCCCACACUUGUACUAUGUCAUGACUUACCUGGACCUCCUAUUGAUGUACCUUUUUGGUGAAAAGGAGACUGGAGUGCCACUUUAAAUUUUGAAGACUUUGGAACUUUUGGAAAGCACUAUGAAAGACAUUUUAAUUAUUACUGAAACACUGGCUCUCCUCUUGGUUGCCAGGAUGUAGACCAGGAAACGGGGGAGGACCUGAACCCCAACAGGAGGAGGAACCAGGGCCCGGAUGGUGAGGAGGAGAAAAUCAUGAGGAACCCCGACCGCCCAACCAACCUCAACCUGGGCCACGCCCCUGAGUUGGAGGAUGACACACUGGAGCGCAAGAGACUGACCAAGAUAUCAGACCCCGAGAAGUGGGAGAUCAAACAGGUAUGUGCAUACAGGGUUUUAUCAAGACCUCUUGGCUGUUAUUAAUGUGAUUUUGAUCUAAUAAUGCUAUUUUGAUCUAAUAAUGCUUCUUUCCUCAGAUGAUUGCUGCAAAUGUUCUUUCUAAAGAGGAGUUCCCUGACUUUGAUGAGGAGACCGGUAUCCUCCCCAAAGUAGAUGACGAAGAAGGUAAAACAUGACUUAUGUUAUUGUGUAUUCUACAACGGGUUGGUCAAAACAAGCAUUGUGAUUUGGUUGAGACAUGUUCUAAGCCAUACUAAAUAAAACUGUUUAGUACGGGUAAGUUUAUGAUGCAAACAUGGGCAUCUCCUUUUCUGUUCCAUCUGAGAAAUCCCUGAGCAUCCACUGUCCUGUCAGCCAAUUCAUUAACUUGAUCUCCACUGUAAAAAGCAUGUAGACAUUAUUUCCCCUUGCUUCUAGCCUAACAUUUGGUUUGCAAUAACGGGGAUUUGUACAAACAUUGCUGUCAGUCUCGACAUUUGCAACAUUGUAUCAAUAUUGAAAUUCGAUCUCAAAUGUUCUAUUGAGAAUGAACAUGUCAGGAUGAGACGGGCAUAUUUUCUCAGCCAUUCAAAAUCAUGAAUCAGCAUAAUUUUUAUAUAUAUAUAUAUAUAUAUAUAUAUAUAUACAUACAGUGGGGAGAACAAGUAUUUGAUACACUGCCGAUUUUGCAGGUUUUCCUACUUACAAAGCAUGUAGAGGUCUGUAAUUUUUAUCAUAGGUACACUUAAACUGUGAGAGACGGAAUCUAAAACAAAAAUCCAGAAAAUCACAUUGUAUGAUUUUUAAGUAAUUAAUUUGCAUUACAUAAGUAUUUGAUACAUCAGAAAAGCAGAACUUAAUAUUUGGUACAGAAACCUUUGUUUGCAAUUACAGAGAUCAUACGUUUCCUGUAGGUCUUGACCAGGUUUGCACACACUGCAGCAGGGAUUUUGGCCCACUCCUCCAUACAGACCUUCUCCAGAUCCUUCAGGUUUCGGGGCUGUCGCUGGGCAAUAAGGACUUUCAGCUCCCUCCAAAGAUUUUCUAUUGGGUUCAGGUCUGGAGACUGGCUAGGCCACUCCAGGACCUUGAGAUGCUUCUUACGGAGCCACUCCUUAGUUGCCCUGGCUAUGUGUUUCGGGUCGUUGUCAUGCUGGAAGACCCAGCCACGACCCAUCUUCAAUGCUCUUACUGAGGGAAGGAGGUUGUUGGCCAAGAUCUCGCGAUACAUGGCCCCAUCCAUCCUCCCCUCAAUACGGUGCAGUCGUCCUGUCCCCUUUGCAGAAAAGCAUCCCCAAAUAAUUAUGUUUCCACCUCCAUGCUUCACGGUUGGGAUGGUGUUCUUGGGGUUGUACUCAUCCUUCUUCUUCCUCCAAACACGGCGAGUGGAGUUUAGACCAGAAAGCUCUAUUUUUGUCUCAUCAGACCACAUGACCUUCUCCCAUUCCUCCUCUGGAUCAUCCAGAUGGUCAUUGGCAAACUUCAGACGGGCCUGGACAUGCGCUGGCUUGAGCAGGGGGACCUUGCGUGCGCUGCAGGAUUUUAAUCCAUGACGGCGUAGUGUGUUACUAAUGGUUUUCUUUGAGACUGUGGUCCCAGCUCUCUUCAGGUCAUUGACCAGGUCCUGCCGUGUAGUUCUGGGCUGAUCCCUCACCUUCCUCAUGAUCAUUGAUGCCCCACGAGGUGAGAUCUUGCAUGGAGCCCCAGACCGAGGGUGAUUGACCGUCAUCUUGAACUUCUUCCAUUUUCUAAUAAUUGCGCCAACAGUUGUUGCCUUCUCACCAAGCUGCUUGCCUAUUGUCCUGUAGCCCAUCCCAGCCUUGUGCAGGCCUACAAUUGUAUCCCUGAUGUCCUUACACAGCUCUCUGGUCUUGGCCAUUGUGGAGAGGUUGGACUCUGUUUGAUUGAGUGUGUGGACAGGUGUCUUUUAUACAGGUCACGAGUUCAAACAGGUGCAGUUAAUACAGGUAAUGAGUGGAGAACAGUAGGGCUUCUUAAAGAAAAACUAACAGGUCUGUGAGAGCCGGAAUUCUUACUGGUUGGUAGGUGAUCAAAUACUUAUGUCAUGCAAUAAAAUGCAAAUUAAUUACUUUAAAAAAUCAUACAAUGUGAUUUUCUGGAUUUUUGUUUUAGAUUCCGUCUCUCACAGUUGAAGUGUACCUAUGAUAAAAAUUACAGACCUCUACAUGCUUCGUAAGUAGAAAAACCUGCAAAAUCAGCAGUGUAUCAAAUAAUUGUUCUCCCCACUGUGUAUAUACAGUGGGGAAAAAAAGUAUUUAGUCAGCCACCAAUUGUGCAAGUUCUCCCACUUAAAAAGAUGAGAGAGGCCUGUAAUUUCCAUCAUAGGUACACGUCAACUAUGACAGACAAAUUGAGAAAAAAAAAUCCAGAAAAUCACAUUGUAGGAUUUUUUAUGAAUUUAUUUGCAAAUUAUGGUGGAAAAUAAGUAUUUGGUCACCUACAAACAAGCAAGAUUUCUGGCUCUCACAGACCUGUAACUUCUUCUUUAAGAGGCUCCUCUGUCCUCCACUCGUUACCUGUAUUAAUGGCACCUGUUUGAACUUGUUAUCAGUAUAAAAGACACCUGUCCACAACCUCAAACAGUCACACUCCAAACUCCACUAUGGCCAAGACCAAAGAGCUGUCAAAGGACACCAGAAACAAAAUUGUAGACCUGCACCAGGCUGGGAAGACUGAAUCUGCAAUAGGUAAGCAGCUUGGUUUGAAGAAAUCAACUGUGGGAGCAAUUAUUAGGAACUGGAAGACAUACAAGACCACUGAUAAUCUCCCUCGAUCUGGGGCUCCACGCAAGAUCUCACCCCGUGCGGUCAAAAUGAUCACAAGAACGGUGAGCAAAAAUCCCAGAACCACACGGGGGGACCUAGUGAAUGACCUGCAGAGAGCUGGGACCAAAGUAACAAAGCCUACCAUCAGUAACACACUACGCCGCCAGGGACUCAAAUCCUGCAGUGCAAGACGUGUCCCCCUGCUUAAGCCAGUACAUGUCCAGGCCCGUCUGAAGUUUGCUAGAGUGCAUUUGGAUGAUCCAGAAGAGGAUUGGGAGAAUGUCAUAUGGUCAGAUGAAACCAAAAUAUAACUUUUUGGUAAAAACUCAACUCAUCGUGUUUGGAGGACAAAGAAUGCUGAGUUGCAUCCAAAGAACACCAUACCUACUGUGAAGCAUGGGGGUGGAAACAUCAUGCUUUGGGGCUGUUUUUCUGCAAAGGGACCAGGACGACUGAUCCGUGUAAAGGAAAGAAUGAAUGGGGCCAUGUAUCGUGAGAUUUUGAGUGAAAACCUCCUUCCAUCAGCAAGGGCAUUGAAGAUGAAACGUGGCUGGGUCUUUCAGCAUGACAAUGAUCCCAAACACACCGCCCGGGCAACGAAGGAGUGGCUUCGUAAGAAGCAUUUCAAGGUCCUGGAGUGGCCUAGCCAGUCUCCAGAUCUCAACCCCAUAGAAAAUCUUUGGAGGGAGUUGAAAGUCUGUGUUGCCCAGCGACAGCCCCAAAACAUCACUGCUCUAGAGGAGAUCUGCAUGGAGGAAUGGGCCAAAAUGCCAGCAACAGUGUGUGAAAACCUUGUGAAGACUUACAGAAAACUUUUGACCUGUGUCAUUGCCAACAAAUGGUAUAUAACAAAGUAUUGAGAAACGUUUGUUAUUGACCAAAUACUUAUUUUCCACCAUAAUUUGCAAAUAAAUUCAUAAAAAAUCCUACAAUGUGAUUUUCUGGAUUUUCUUUUCUCAUUUUGUCUGUCAUAGUUGACGUGUACCUAUGAUGAAAAUUACAGGCCUCUCUCAUCUUUUUAAGUGGGAGAACUUGCACAAUUGGUGGCUGACUAAAUACUUUUUUCCCCCACUGUAUGUAUAUAUAUAUACAAGGAAAUGUCACUAGAAAAACAGGUCAAACUAAAUGAAAUGCAGCUACUUUGCUGUUAUUCUAGCUGCACGGUUUAACGUGAUAGUCGUAUUAGGCUAGCUAGCAAGCAAGGGAUAAUAGCGAUAAUAGAACAUUUAGAAUGAACGACUGGGUCGCGUCCAUAGAUAUAGAACAAAAAUACUUCACGAUAGGGUCGCAUCUCUGGCAACCUAACCGAUUUGAAAAUAAUAACGUUUUUUUAUUUAAUUGGUAACCAGUUGUAGAAAAGCAAUUGUACACUCGAGGUUGUGAAAAACUACUUUUUGAGCACGGUUGUGCUGAUCUACGGUGCUCGGCUCCGCCUUGUACCUAUGACCGCAGCACAUCCGUGCUAAAAGAGUAGUUUAGCACGCCCUCUCGUGUACAUUUGCUGUAUAGAAAACCACUGUCAGUUUAGAUUCACAUCAAUGUAUUGGAUACUGAUUUGCCCCAUGUCUUUCUUUCAGAUGAGGACCUGGAGAUUGAGCUGGUGGAGGAGGAGCCUCCGUUCCUGAGAGGACACACUAAACAGAGUAUGGACAUGAGCCCUGUCAAGAUUGUUAAGGUAUGUUUCCAUGUCCUCUUGAUCACCCUACUUUCAAGGCAAUUUUGUUUGACUGUUUUCGUCCUGUUUAGUAGUGUGAACAAAUGCAGCUUACUCUGUUUCCCUCUGUCAGAAUCCAGACGGCUCGCUGUCCCAGGCAGCCAUGAUGCAGAGUGCUUUGGCUAAGGAGAGGAGGGAGGUGAAGCAGUGUCAGCGAGAGGCUGAGAUGGACUCUAUCCCCAUGGGCCUGAACAAACACUGGGUAGACCCCCUGCCUGACGGUAAGUCCGUAUGGAAGCACACAGUAAUCCAAAACACAGUCCUGUCUGAGCCACUACAUCAGACUUCCUCCAGUGUAGCAGCAGCAGCCCUCAGGGUUAGCAGGACUGGAGAUGGUUAUCUGGUUUCCUUUAGCAUCCUAACAGGCCGGAUAGAGUGUGCUGUGUCCUCCAUGGGUGUAAAGGUUCCUGCCAGGGCCCUAGACUCGGGCUGGCUCACCAGUCAUCUGAAGGGGUGGAGGUAAAAUGUCAUGCCAGUUCAUCUCAAUUAAAGACACUUCACUCUUACACAGUUGAUGGAAGGCAGAUUGCAGCCAACAUGAGAGGAAUCGGCAUGAUGCCAACUGACAUCCCGGAGUGGAAGAAACAUGCCUUUGGGGGCAACAAGGCCUCUUAUGGCAAGAAGACAGCGAUGUCCAUCCUGGAGCAGAGAGAGAGCCUGCCCAUCUACAAGCUCAAAGAGCAGCUCAUACAGGUUUGUGCAAAAGUUUGCAAAUUAUAUCUCGCUAGUUAUUUCUACUUCAACAUCAAACGUUUUGAUAAUUUAUGGCAUAAGAUUUUGCUGACAUCUCUGCUUCUCUAUUACAGGCUGUCCAUGAUAACCAGAUCCUGAUUGUUAUUGGCGAGACUGGCUCUGGGAAAACGACCCAGAUCACCCAGUACCUGGCCGAGGCGGGCUACACCACUCGGGGGAAGAUCGGCUGCACUCAGCCCCGUCGUGUGGCAGCCAUGUCUGUGGCCAAGAGAGUCUCUGAAGAGUACGGUUGCUGUCUGGGCCAGGAGGUGAGUGAUCUGUCCACACUGCAUAUAUCUUAACACGUGACCAUGAGACAAUGUCGAAUAUAUCUGAUCGUAGAAAAAUCUCAAACGUCUGGUCCUAGUGAUUUCUAACUUCUGUCUUCGUUCUUCCACACCAGGUGGGCUACACCAUCCGUUUUGAGGACUGCACCAGCCCUGAGACGGUGAUCAAGUACAUGACAGACGGUAUGUUGCUGAGAGAGUGUUUGAUAGAUCCGGACCUUGGCCAGUACGCCAUCAUCAUGUUGGAUGAGGCCCACGAGAGGACCAUCCAUACUGACGUACUCUUCGGUCUGCUCAAGAAGGUAUACCAGGGUCUUGUUUCCCCUUGACGGCAGGGUCUAAACAUCUCUAAUAUUUUGAAGGAAAGUUUUGUAUUAAGCUAACUCUUUCUCUUCCUCGCCCUGUUUCAGACGGUGCAGAAACGCACAGACAUGAAGCUGAUUGUCACUUCAGCCACACUAGAUGCCGUCAAGUUCUCGCAGUACUUCUACGAAGCGCCCAUCUUUACCAUCCCAGGACGUACCUAUCCAGUGGAGGUGCUCUACACCAAAGAGCCUGAGACAGACUACCUGGACGCUAGUCUCAUCACCGUCAUGCAGAUCCACCUGACCGAGCCACCAGGUACGGUUUUUACAAAGGUUAUACCCAAUCUAUAGUCAAACUGUAAUUCAUAGUCAUUGACCUAAAUCAUUGCAUGAAUGAAAAUCCAUUGCUAUAAAAUGUCAGUUUGAGAUUCAACCUUGAUUGUAAAGAGUUAUCAACCUUUAAGUCCUCUCUCGCUCUCCUUCUUUGCAGGUGAUGUCCUGGUGUUUCUGACGGGUCAGGAAGAAAUUGACACAGCUUGUGAGAUCUUGUAUGAACGGAUGAAGUCUCUGGGACCUGAAGUGCCUGAACUCAUCAUUCUACCUGUCUACUCUGCACUGCCAAGCGAGAUGCAGACCCGUAUCUUUGACCCUGCUCCCCCCGGCAGCAGAAAGGUUGUCAUUGCCACUAACAUUGCUGAGACGUCUCUGACCAUUGACGGUAUCUACUAUGUGGUGGACCCAGGCUUUGUGAAGCAAAAGGUGUACAACUCCAAGACUGGUAUUGACCAGCUGGUGGUGACCCCCAUUUCACAGGUAGGCUGGUUAAUUACAAUUUAUAUUCUAAAUGUACCCAAAUUGUAACCCUGCUGUCUCUCUCAAGCCCUUUGCAAACCAUGCAAUUAGAAUUUGGGAUGCUAAGGGCUUCAAUGUAACUUCUGUUAGGCCCAAGCCAAGCAGCGGGCUGGAAGAGCUGGAAGAACUGGCCCAGGGAAGACCUACAGGCUGUACACAGAGAGAGCCUACAGAGACGAGAUGCUCACCACCAACGUGCCCGAGAUCCAGAGAACUAACUUGGCCAGCACUGUGCUGUCCCUCAAGGUAUGCACACAGUAACAAAAGUGGCUAAACCUUGUUUCCCUGCACAUGCAUCUGUGGUAUAUACUUGUCUGCUCAGACCUACUCCUCCUGUGUCAUCCCCUGACUUUCCUUUCUCCUUAUUCCUUCAGGCCAUGGGCAUCAAUGACCUGCUAUCGUUUGACUUCAUGGACGCUCCACCCAUGGAGACGCUGAUCACAGCUAUGGAGCAGCUCUACACUCUAGGGUCUCUGGACGAUGAAGGGUUGCUCACUCGCCUAGGACGCAGGGUAAGCAUUUAUAUAAAAAAAAAAGGAGUAUUGUUAAAAAAGGAAAAAGUGAGGAUUCAUUACCAACUAAUUAAUUAUUUCCAUCUCUCUGUCAGAUGGCUGAGUUCCCUCUGGAGCCCAUGUUGUGUAAGAUGCUGAUCAUGUCCGUCCACCUGGGCUGCAGUGAGGAGAUGCUCACCAUCGUCUCCAUGCUGUCUGUGCAGAACGUCUUCUACAGGCCCAAGGUACAGAAAAUCACAAGACCCAUAAACACUGAAAUAGGGUUGGAUCACUCCUCUGGGAAUCCUAAUUAGAUUUUUAUUUUUAUUUAUUUUUUGUAGCAAGGUUGAAUGUUGUGUUGAGGUUUACCAUUAUAGGUGGAGACCUCAAUGAGGCAGUUAUAUGGUGUGCCAUUGUUGAUAAUUUGAUGGCUAACAGUCCUUUUAUUCUCUGUCUCUCAGGACAAGCAAGCCCUGGCUGACCAGAAGAAGGCCAAGUUCCACCAGGCUGAGGGAGACCACCUUACUCUGCUGGCUGUCUAUAACUCCUGGAAGAACAACAAGUUCUCCAACCCCUGGUGCUACGAGAACUUCAUACAGGCCCGCUCCUUGCGCAGAGCCCAGGACAUCCGCAAACAGAUGCUGGGUAUCAUGGACAGGUAGGUUCCACUAUCCAUUUGAUGAUGAAGGUAAUUGUAUAUCUGGUAAAGAAACCUCACUUGCAUGAAAUCUUCUCACACAAAUCCAAACCCUUUGACCUCUUUUCAGACAUAAACUGGAUGUGGUGACUUGUGGAAAGGCCACAGUGCGUGUACAGAAGGCCAUCUGCAGUGGUUUCUUCCGGAACGCAGCCAAAAAGGAUCCCCAGGAGGGCUACCGUACCCUCAUUGACCAGCAGGUGGUGUACAUACACCCCUCCAGUGCCCUGUUCAACCGCCAGCCUGAGUGGUGAGUCAACGCUCCUUACAUGAUUACCAUGGGGACUAAAGGAUUAGUCACUAGUUUACAUUGAAUGUCAACUGUUACUGAGCCAUCCUGGAAAUCCUUUUCCUUUUGCCUGAUCCUCUUAUUCCUCUCUCUCCACAGGGUGGUGUACCAUGAGCUGGUGCUGACUACUAAGGAGUACAUGCGUGAGGUGACCACCAUUGACCCACGCUGGCUGGUAGAGUUCUCGCCUGCCUUUUUUAAAGUGUCCGACCCCACACGCCUCAGCAAACAGAAGAAGCAGCAGCGCCUCGAGCCACUCUACAAUCGUUACGAAGAGCCCAACGCUUGGAGAAUCUCCCGCGCCUUUCGGCGGCGCUAGAAUGUGUAUUGUGUAUCUCUACACAGAAAGAGAGGGACACACUCUUAUAUCAGCUGGUUGAGAAAUACCAUGGAGAGACAUUGUCUGCCAACAGGCCUUGCUAGCUGUUAGCUGUAACAUGCUAUUGAUAAAGCUGGGUCAUUAUCUACUUGUUUUGGAUGUGUAAAGUAUGUGUUUUAUGUGUGCUCCGCUGUCUUCUUUUAACUGCUAUUCUAUCAUUUUGAGCUGAGGUACUGGUAGGCCCAAUUCUCUCUCUUGACCUGUGUAGAAGUCGACUAGUAAAGUGAGACGAUUUAAGGGGUCAGGUCAUUGCUCCCCUGUCCUACAGGCUUGUUUGGGGAACAUGAAUAAAUGUCUCAUCCCCUGAGGAGAAUCAAUCUUCUAUUUGAGUAUCAUGGACAACGAAACAUAUGUUUGUUUUACUUGAAUGUCACAUCUGACCUGUGUGUGUGAACUUCCGAAAAUGAUAAAUUGAAUAGGAAGGGGACUGGGCAGUAAUUUAAAGUCGGUGAAUGUAAUUGCUUUAAGAGCACAGUGCUCUGAGACAGAGUUUGUCUUUUAUAGUAGGCCAUAUGUUAUACAAUGAAGGGAAAUAACAGGGUGGAACUUCAUACUUGCAUUGUCUUUGGUUUAGCUUUGAGGGAUUGCUUUACUGUGCUAGUGUAAUCCUAACAUUUUCCUGCACUCAUUAAAUAUUGUAUGCGCUCUCUUACUUUGUUGCCAAUGUUUAAUUUAGAAAUGUUUUAUUGGCAGCCACACUCGUGUAGGAGUUUAAAUGGUCAUAUGGGCAAUGAGUUUACCCCCACCUGGUGACCAAUAAAAUCAUUACACACAGAACCCGG